AUGUUUCGACAAAGUGUCCGGCUAUUCGCCACUACAGCGACUCGUGCUGCUGCGGAGGGGUCUACUGCCUACUGCGCCCGGGUGUCAAGCGCCCAGGGUGUUGUCAAUGGAUUGACCGAGGCAAUUGGCAACACCCCACUGAUCCGAUUAAAGAAGCUUUCUGAGCAGACCGGCUGCAAUGUCCUUGGAAAAGCCGAAUUUCAGAACCCCGGAGGUAGCGUGAAGGACCGCGCAGCGCUCUUCGUGGUAAAAGAUGCAGAGGAGAAGGGGCUCCUGAAGCCCGGUGGCACUGUCGUGGAGGGAACAGCUGGAAACACGGGUAUUGGACUGGCGCAUGUCUGCCGGUCAAAGGGCUACAAGCUAGUGAUCUAUAUGCCCAACACCCAGUCGCAGGGCAAGAUUGACCUGCUCCGUCUGUUGGGUGCGGAAGUACACCCAGUCCCCGCAGUGGCCUUCGACAACCCGCAGAACUAUAACCACCAGGCACGCCGGCAUGCCGAGUCAUUGGAUAACGCAGUCUGGACCAACCAGUUCGAUAACGUUGCCAAUCGUCAAGCACACAUCGACACUACCGGGCCCGAGAUCUGGGCACAGACUGAGGGCAAGAUCGACGCCUUUACAUGUGCUACCGGAACUGGAGGCACCCUAGCUGGUACCACCCGCUAUCUGAAGACUGUCAGUGACGGACGCGUCAAGAGCUUCCUCGCCGAUCCUCCAGGCAGUGUUCUCCAUAGCUACAUCCAAAGUGGUGGCACACUCAUUGACCGCUCUGGUAGCAGUAUCACUGAGGGUAUCGGCCAAGGCCGUGUGACAAAUAACCUUCAGCCCGAUAUUGACUUGCUAGAUGGCUCUGUGAGCAUUAGUGAUGAGAAGACCAUCGAGAUGGUUUACCGCUGUUUGGAUGAGGAGGGUCUGUACCUCGGUGCCAGUUCCGCGAUGAACGUGGUGGCUGCCAAGGAGGUUGCCGAGAAGUUGGGCAAGGGUAACACCGUUGUCACCAUUCUCUGUGACGGUGCUUAUCGGUAUGCGGAUCGCUUGUUCUCCAGCACCUGGCUCGAGAGCAAAAACCUCCGUGGUGCCAUUCCCAAGCACCUGGAGAAGUAUAUUGUAUUGCCUUAG